AUGCCUCCAAGAAAUCUCCCAUUUCUUCUUAUUUCCAUUUAUUUAUUGCAUUUCCUCAUUUUAUCUGCUUCAAAACCACUAAAAGAACCCAUUUUGAACCCAAAUUCAGCUCAUUUUUCCAAGAAAGCUAAAGGGUUUGAAGAACCCACAAGAAAGAGCAUAAAGUUGGAAUCUUUACAAAGAUCUCAGGUGAUUCUCAGUGGAAACACAACAAUUUAUAGUGCAAACAAAACUUUUCAACUUGGAUUUUUCAACCCAGGUCAUAAUAUCAGAUGGUACUUGGGCAUUUGGUAUGCUUCAAUCCCAACUCCCACAUAUGUUUGGGUUGCAAACAGGGAAAAUCCCAUCAAGCAUUUUUCAUCAGCAAUAGCAGAAAUCAGUGAAAAUGGAAAAUUAGUUGUAAUGGAUCAAAAUUCAAGUACCAUUUUGUGGGAAACAAGCAAUGUGGAGAAAGCAAGUGAUUUGAAGCUUUUGGAGCAGGGAAAUUUAGUGUUGUUAAAUGAUGAAGGGAGGGUUGUUUGGCAAAGCUUUGAUUUCCCUACUGACACGUGGCUGCCUGGGAUGAACUUGACAACUCAACAAUGGCUGACUUCUUGGAAGAGUUCAAGUGAUCCAGCGCCAGGAAGGUAUUCUUUGAGGUUAAAUCCACCUGAUUAUGGUGAGAUUGCUCUUGUUUAUAGCAAUGGUAGUGUUAAUAGUAGUAAUUCUAAUUCAUAUACUUACUGGACUACUGGGAAAUGGAAUGGAAAUGCAUUUGAUGGGGUGCCUGAAAUGACAAUUCGUUAUAUAUAUACAUUUGAGUUUGUUAAUCCUUUUACUCCCAUGGCAAUUUUUGGGUACACAGAGUCAUCAGCAGAUGGUGAAAAACCACCCUUAACGAGGUUCGUUUUAGACCACAGGGGGCAGCUGAAGCAGUUCACUUGGUCGUUGCAGAUCGAGUAUUGGAACAUGUUUUGGUCACGACCUGAGAAUCUGUGUAGAGUUUAUGGAUUGUGUGGUGAUUUGGGGUUUUGUAGUGUGAGGACGGGGAGUCCUUGUACGUGCUUGGACGGAUUUAGGCCGGUUAAUGGCGUUUCAUGGAAUGAGAGUGAUUUUUCCGAGGGUUGUCACCGGGAGAGUGAUGUAAUCUGUGGCGAGAAUGAGGGGUUUGAGGAAGUCGGAAUGGUGAAUUAUGAGGGAGCAAAAGUCGUGUCAUUUACUGCGAGUAGGAGUAAGUGUGAAAGCGAAUGUUUAAGGAAUUGUUCGUGCAUUGGUUUGUUACACAAUGUGAGGAGUAAUUUAUGCAAGAAUCUAUAUGGGUCUCUUUUUCACAUAUGGAAUCUUACUUCGGAUAGCACUACUGACGAAAAGUUAUAUGUGAAGGUGCCAAGGAAUAAUGCAGACAAAAAGAACAAGAAGAUGACUGUUUUCAUUGGAAUGAUUUGUGGGAUUCUCGUGAUUCUGAGUCUCGGAACUAUAAAUCUGUUGUACUUGAGGAGGAGAAAGGUUAAGAGAAGAAGGGGGGACGAAGAUGGUGCGUUUCCAGUAACGAAUCUGAGGGUUUUUUCUUACAAGGAACUCCAUGCUGUUACUAGGGGAUUUUCCGAGAAGCUCGGGCAUGGAGGAUUUGGGGCGGUAUUUCGUGGGGAAUUAUCCGAUUCUUCACUAGUGGCUGUUAAGAGACUCGAAAGACCUGGUGGUGGGGAGAAGGAAUUUCGGGCAGAGGUAUCCGAUUUUGGCCUAGCAAAGCUCGUCGGGAGAGACUUCAGCCGGGUUUUAGCUACCAUGAGGGGUACGUGGGGAUAUGUUGCACCCGAAUGGAUCUCUGGUGUGGCGAUUACCACUAAAGUUGAUGUGUAUAGCUACGGGAUGACAUUAUUGGAGUUGUUAGGCGGCCGCCGUAAUGUGGAGGGGCCACCUUCAGCCAGUGGAGGUGGAGAGGGUGGUAUUGAGAAAUGGUUCUUUCCACCCUGGGCAGCCAGCCAGUUAAUUGACGGUAACGUGACAGCUGUGGUCGAUGAGCGGCUUGGUAGCACAUAUGACAAAACUGAGGCAGAGCGCUUAGGGCUGGUGGCUGUAUGGUGCAUUCAAGAUGAUGAAUCAAUGAGGCCUACAAUGGGGAUGGUCCUGAAAAUGUUGGAAGGCGUAGUUGAGGUGGCUGUUCCGCCACCGCCGAAGCUGCUUCAAGCAUUAGUUUCCGGCGAUUCGUUCUGUGGGAUCGGGGAGAGGGUAUCACAAGGCGAUGCUCCCGGAAGUUUUAAUGAUAAUGUCCUAACCUCCAUAGAUCUCAAGGAUUCUCAAUCAUCUAUGUAG